ACGGACACAACGGCCCUACCCGAGGUCAUCCUCGGCUCCAGGGCCCAGACAGCCGGCCUGAUGGAGAUCGCGGUCCGGCUGUGCUUGAACCAGCGUCAGGAGCUGUGUCCUCACGUCUGGGUGCCCAUCCUAAGCCCCAGCCGGCCCUGCAUCCGUCCGCCGCCCAAAACACUGUGCCCAGAAUACGUAGACCCCCUGCUGUCCUUAAUCAUGGACGACAUAUUACUAGAUGACGACGACGAUGACGAUUACAGCGCCGGGGGGCCGGUCAAAAACAAGCGCGUGGUUUUCGCCGACUCCAAGGGACUGUCUCUGACGGCCGUGCGGUUGUUCUCUGAGGACCAGGACUCGGAGCAUUUCUCCCUACGGCCCCCGGGCCCCCCGCCCUCGCUCCAGCGGCUGGGAGCCGUCAUCAAGACCGUCCUGUCAACGGACGACUGCUACAGCUGCACGGUCGCCACCUGCUGCCCAGGGACGAGGCUUCAGCUGGACUUCCCCCAGCCGUCAGCGGACUUCCAGGCGCUCCGAAGCCGGCUGGCCCGGGACAUGGUGGUGCUGGAGAGCUGCGCCGUCCUUACGGAGUCGGCUGUCCUGCGGGGCACGGCGCGAGUCAAGAAUGUCAGCCUCCACAAGGACGUGCGCAUACGCCUCACGUUCGAUUCCUGGCAGAGCUACAGAGACGUGCCCUGCACGUACUUGCCGACACGGUACGGCGGCCCGCAGACGGACAUCUUUGAGUUCAUCGUCCCCGUGCCCAAAGUGCUCGACGCCAAGAAAAGGAUCGAGUUCUGCUUGAGCUAUCUGCCCGACGGGCACAGCCAGCCGUUCUGGGACAACAACGAGGGACAGAACUACGGCGUGCUCAUCUGCGUGAGCUCCCAUCGGUGUCCAGGCAGGACUGCCACGCAUAAACUACUGAAGCGACCACUGAAUGAAAUGACAAUGAGCUUCAAUUAAAGAAAAUACUGACUGGGUGCCCCGAGGGUUCACCGGGUAGAGCUCGAACCAUUAAGGCCCAGUCCUUACUGCAGCGAUCGGGGUUCGAUUCCUAGCCGUGGUACUUUGCUGCAUGUCUUCCACUCCAUCUCUCAUACCUUCUGGUCUAUCUCACUCUACAAUAAAGAGGAUAAAGUCUAAAAACAAAAAAAUAACUGACUACUGCUUCCAUUGGCUUGAGUGGGUAAUGAAACGUUUAUGACUGUAUUUUACUUUUGUGAUUUUUAUAGAGAUUAUCUUUAAUGACUGCAAGUUGUUUCUUAAAGGGGACAUAUUAUACAGAUUUGUCCUUGUACCCACAUUCUCGUUCUU